AUACAAAUUGUCUAAUGGAGCACAAUUAGUAAAUGAGAAAUUGCAAUCGAACAUCGGCAUCCUCACGCGGUUGAUGCCAAGUUAAUUAGGAACUGAGGAUAGCACAAGCAGCAUUUUUUCUGCGUAAUUCGCAGCAAGAAUUCAGAUUUGACACGGACAGUAUACGGUGAGACUACGUAUUAUGCGUAGGAAUCGAUCGCAAAACAUUUCCUGGAUCCUAUUUCGGCGUUGAGAAGGUAAAUACUGUCAGUGACUACAGAUGAUCACAGGUCCCCCCCCCUCCCCAACAGUACAGAGGCUAUCAGGCUAAUGGUAGCCGCUGCGAGUCGUGCGAAGAGCGAGAGACCAAACCCGGAGGAUUUCGGACAGAUGGAAUAGAAAGAAUGCUGCUCUCUCAAAAUGCAUCACAGUAGACGGAUAACAAGCUGACUCCAAACAAAUAUACAGCAAACUUUCAACGCUGAUAUGACGCUGGGGUAUAAAUAAGAUGUUUUAAACUGUCCGAGAACUGACAAAAUGCAUGUGCAAACCGAUCAGCUGGAUUGUUGAAAUGACUUGGUUGGCGCUGACGCUGUCUGAUGGCUCAAACUGCAUAAUAGACAAAUGGCAUUUUAUUUUGCGUCGACUUGACGUUUGGACCUCCAAUAUUGGAUCAGUUGUCUAGCUAGAAGUUCGGAUGAAAGUAAACAACUGGUGCAAUGUUAAACUACAUGGUCCGGAGCGUAAUGUACUAUUCGUGCUGAAGCGUAUGGGUCCUGCGUACUCAAGCUCCCGACUCCCACACAAAAAGGAUUGUCUCUGUUGCGGGGGGUGCAGUGCAGUAGCUGCCACAGCUCCACAUCUGGCUACUGACUGGAUAGUUAACUAGCUAGCUAGCUAACUGUUUUUCCUCUUGGGAAGCUAGUGAGGUUGAAUGAGUUUCUGCAUCAUUCGAGAGAAAGAUUGCUUUGUGAAAUCACCUCGGUGGUUAUCGUGUUCCGAAGAAGGGACCUGUAUUUUGGACAAUAUCUGAGAUCAAUCGAACAGUUUCAAGUGGUUCACAGCUGUCUUCUUAGCGAAAACACAUAAGGACUUUGCGUAAGUCACGUAUUUUUAAAGGCAAAGAUAGGGUGACAUUGCAGUCUCAUCAUAUUGGAUAUAACGUCGCCCAACAAAAAAAAGUGAAAGUGGGGCAUUGUCCGUCACACGUAUUAACGCAGUGGGAUUUGUACGUCUGGUCGGCGUUUCCCCCCACCCUUCCCUUGGUGACGGUGAUGGGUCGGAAGCGGUGUGUCGGUGCAGAUUGUUCCAAGAUGGCGGCCGGGUGCUGCGGGGUGAAGAAGCAGAAGCUGUCGGGAUCCCCCGGGUCGGGGGGUCCUGGCGGGGUGGGGGCGGGAAACGGAGUGGCAGGGACCGGACAUUGUGGAUCGGACUUGGGGAUUGGUUCCUCCUCAACUGUGGCGGCAGGGAACAUGAAUCGAGUGAACGGCCUGGGGUGUCCUGGGGGUAGUAGUAGUAGCACCAACGCGUUGUCCCCAACCCCGGGAGGCUACAACUCAACUGGCCUCUCCCCGAAUCUAAGCCCGGGAUCUGGUUCGGGAAGUGGAGGCAGGAAGAUGGUUGUUUCGGCGGAGAUGUGCUGCUUCUGUUUCGACGUGCUUUAUUGCCAUCUGUAUGGAUACCAACCUCCCCGAACACCUAGGUUUACAAACGAUUCCUACCCGCUGUUUGUCACAUGGAAAAUAGGCAGAGACAAGCGCUUGAGGGGAUGUAUAGGUACAUUUUCUGCCAUGAACCUCCACCCAGGACUCAGGGAGUACACCCUUACCAGUGCCCUUAAAGACAGCCGCUUUCCCCCCGUGACGAGGGACGAGCUGCCACGCCUCUUCUGCUCGGUGUCUCUGCUCACCAACUUCGAGGACGUCGGUGAUUACCUUGACUGGGAGGUGGGUGUUCAUGGCAUUAGGAUAGAGUUUUUCAAUGAAAAAGGAUCAAAGCGUACUGCCACCUACCUACCAGAGGUUGCAAAAGAGCAAGGAUGGGACCACAUUCAGACCAUAGAUUCCUUACUACGAAAGGGAGGCUACAAAGCUCCCAUCACAAAUGACUUCAGGAAGACCAUUAAGUUGACCAGGUACCGUAGCGAGAAGAUGACAAUGAGCUAUGCUGAGUACAUUGCCCACCGCCAGCACCAUCACUACCAGAACGGCACCGGGCACCCUCUACCCCCAUACAACCAUUAUUCCUGACAGCGAGCCGCAUGACCAAUCACUGGACCUCUCUGCGGACCUUUUCCCAGGAGAGCCCGCCCCCUCCUGGUCUAGCUAUCUCUACUACUGUACCAUUUUAUGAUGAUAGUUUCCGUUGCCAUGCUGACGCUCUCCCAGACGUUGACGUGGCAACGGGUGGCAAAAUGAGCAUCAAUUGAUAAUGACGAGAAAAAACUAAAAUCUUUUAUUUUUAUCCUCCUAUUGAUUUAGUUUUUGCAGCAUAUAUAUCAAUAUCUAUAACCCCUUUAGUUUUUAUUUUUGUUCACAAAUACUCGAUUUUCCUAAAUGUAUUAUUUUCAAACAAUCCUAAUCAGGCUUUUGAUUCUGUGGAUGGAAGCAAGUCAUAUAUAUGGUGAAUUCGUAAUGCAUAAAGGUAAAGGCUCAUAUUUUGUGUGGGCUUAGCUACAGUGUCUCAUCUAUUAGGGACAUCUUCUUCUGUUGAAUCCUUUCUUAGUAGCCAGCUUGGCAUUAUGUGUGUCAUGUGGCAAGCCAACAGCCGUUCUGGAAGACUCAAUCUUUUCCUCAAUUUUGCGAUUCUUCUGAAGAAAUGGAGUAAGGUUGGUUUGGCCUUUUGUAACCCGUUGUAGUGCUGUAGAUUGUAGGGUUGUGAUGCCACGCCACUAGUAUUUGCUAGUCUUUUUUAUUACAUUACCCCACACGUGUUUGCUUUUCUGUGUGUGGUUAGAAGUUUGUUGUUAAGUUCACAUCCGACAGGAGAUUGAAACCGCUAUAUUAAAUUAGGAAUAGGAUCAUGACAAAAUAUUUGACAGAGACGUUCAUUUCCACCCCCGAGUGUUUAUAGUGUUUUGUAAUGAAACCUGCAAAACUUGAAUUGAAUUUGUUCGGCUCCAGCUCAGAUAUUUUCACCCGCUCUUUCCAACUUGACAAAUGUAUGGAGGAAGCCAUUUUAGCAUGAUUUUGACUCCAGUUGACUGGAGGUUGUGGUGGGGUUGGAGAGUUGGCUGGAGGUUGUGGUGGGGUUGGAGAGUUGACUGGAGGUUGUGAUGGGGUUGGAGAGUUGACUGGAGGUUGUGGUGGGGUUGGAGAGUUGACUGGAGGUUGUAGUGGGGUUGGAGAGUUGACUGGAGGUUGUGAUGGGGUUGGAGAGUUGACUGGAGGUUGUGAUGGGGUUGGAGAGUUGACUGGAGGUUGUGAUGGGGUUGGAGAGUUGACUGGAGGUUGUGGUGGGGUUGGAGAGUUGACUGGAGGGUGUGAUGGGGUUGGAGAGUUGACUGGAGGUUGUGAUGGGGUUGGAGAGUUGACUGGAGGUUGUGAUGGGGUUGGAGAGUUGACUGGAGGUUGUGAUGGGGUUGGAGAGUUGACUGGAGGGUGUGAUGGGGUUGGAGAGUUGGCUGGAGGUUGUGAUGGGGUUGGAGAGUUGGCUGGAGGUUGUGAUGGGGUUGGAGAGUUGACUGGAGGUUGUCGUGGGGUUGGAGAGUUGACUGGAGGUUGUGGUGGGGUUGGAGAGUUGACUGGAGGUUGUGAUGGGGUUGGAGAGUUGACUGGAGGUUGUGGUGGGGUUGGAGAGUUGACUGGAGGGUGUGGUGGGGUUGGAGAGUUGGCUGGAGGUUGUGAUGGGGUUGGAGAGUUGACUGGAGGUUGUGAUGGGGUUGGAGAGUUGGCUGGAGGUUGUGGUGGGGUUGGAGAGUUGACUGGAGGGUGUGGUGGGGUUGGAGAGUUGGCUGGAGGUUGUGGUGGGGUUGGAGAGUUGACUGGAGGUUGUGAUGGGGUUGGAGAGUUGGCUGGAGGUUGUGAUGGGGUUGGAGAGUUGACUGGAGGUUGUGGUGGGGUUGGAGAGUUGACUGGAGGUUGUGGUGGGGUUGGAGAGUUGACUGGUGGUUGUGAUGGGGUUGGAGAGUUGACUGGAGGUUGUGGUGGGGUUGGAGAGUUGACUGGAGGUUGUGAUGGGGUUGGAGAGUUGACUGGUGGUUGUGGUGGGGUUGGAGAGUUGACUGGAGGUUGUGAUGGGGUUGGAGAGUUGACUGGUGGUUGUGGUGGGGUUGGAGAGUUGACUGGAGGUUGUGGUGGGGUUGGAGAGUUGACUGGAGGUUGUGAUGGGGUUGGAGAGUUGACUGGUGGUUGUGGUGGGGUUGGAGAGUUGACUGGAGGUUGUGGUGGGGUUGGAGAGUUGACUGGAGGUUGUGGUGGGGUUGGAGAGUUGACUGGUGGUUGUGAUGGGGUUGGAGAGUUGACUGGUGGUUGUGGUGGGGUUGGAGAGUUGACUGGUGGUUGUGGUGGGGUUGGAGAGUUGACUGGAGGUUGUGGUGGGGUUGGAGAGUUGACUGGUGGUUGUGGUGGGGUUGGAGAGUUGACUGGAGGUUGUGAUGGGGUUGGAGAGUUGACUGGAGGUUGUGAUGGGGUUGGAGAGUUGACUGGUGGUUGUGGUGGGGUUGGAGAGUUGACUGGUGGUUGUGGUGGGGUUGGAGAGUUGACUGGUGGUUGUGGUGGGGUUGGAGAGUUGACUGGUGGUUGUGAUGGGGUUGGAGAGUUGACUGGAGGUUGUGGUGGGGUUGGAGAGUUGACUGGAGGUUGUGGUGGGGUUGGAGAGUUGACUGGAGGUUGUGGUGGGGUUGGAGAGUUGACUGGUGGUUGUGGUGGGGUUGGAGAGUUGACUGGAGGUUGUGGUGGGGUUGGAGAGUUGACUGGAGGUUGUGGUGGGGUUGGAGAGUUGACUGCAGAGCGCAUUGUCCUCUCAUUCAUUGUCCUCUGAGAAAAAGACCUUCAUCCUGUUAUUUCAUGCUAGUUGGUUUGAGAGGAAAACCCAAUGAAGGAGACUUGAGUCUAGUCGCAGGGAUAUGCUACAACUACUGAAAGCCAUAUUCUGUCUUUAAUGCAUGUGGUUGUUUUGUAGGCUUGAGAUGUUAGCUCCCCCCCACCCCUCUUAUCUGUAACCUCUGUGUUUACUUCCUCUAUGAGUUUAUUCUGGUUAGCUUUGGUCCCGAAAGUUGGGUUUCCUCUCAAAGUUUGUGUUUGGUCCUGGUUAGGAAUCUGGGCCUGUGAGACAUUAUCUGGACGUACUCAGUUAGCAUCAGGGGUGUAUUUAUUAGUCGGAGUCUGUUGCAAAACGUUUUGCAAUGAAAACCAUUUACUGUUUGGUUCCUAGACAGGGAAAAUGGAACGAAACGGAGAGGACUACCUGAAUUUGUACAAUAGAAACUCUCAUUUUCAUUGAUAUGUUUUACAUUUGCAACGGAAUCCGACUGAUGAAUACACCCCAGUGUUUGAACUCCUUUGUGCUGUUUGUUAGAGUCCUCGUCACCUCCGCUGCUUUUAUACCAUUUUAACUGAAGCUUGUGGCCACAAUGACAAAUAAUGAUACUUGAUGUAGGCCUAAUUAAUGUUUACAUCCACAUUUGACAUCACAUGCUUGAUGACUGACGGUUGCCAUAGUUGUGCACUUUCAUGUGCUCUCGUCAAAACGCUAUGAGAUCUUGUGGAGGCUCCUGGAGAUGGCAUCUAGCUAACCUUAAACCCUUGGCACUGGUCAUCGUCGGUUGAUUUGUUCAAAUCCGUUAUUUCCUCAUGACAUGCUGCUGUUUGUUGAGGUGCUUGCCGUUUUCUGGACCAGCUGCUCCCCAUCUCUGUGCCACUAGAAACCAUGCAUGGCUUGUUGGUCUGUCUUGUCAGCGGUUUUGGCAGAUUGGUGAGCUGGUUGAAACGGAUGCAGAGGAAACUGGGAAAGGGUGGUCCAGCUGCAUUCUAUCAAGCCCUACAUAAAGAGCCAGGGAUUUCAAGUAACCAGUUAGUCCACGGCCUCUUCAAGUGUUCCGUUUUGUCAGUCACAUCCAGCCCAGUAGUUGGUAUGUUUUAUCAAGUGUAGUUAAUGGAUUAGCUAAUGGUCUCUGUGUCCUGUACAGGUUUGAGAGGUGCUUGUACAAAAAAAAUAGAAGGAACAUAUUUUUUAAAACAUCUUUUACCAACUGACAGUAGGGUUAAUCCUUUUUAUUUUAUUUUUAUAUGCAAAAUGUUAAGGGCUUUUGGCACUCCAUCCACAGUAACCCGAAAUGACCCAGAUUUCAGUUGUGUUGAUUUAAUAAAUGAUGGACCAGUAAAACAGUGCCCUGAGUGUUCCUCUGUCCUGUACUAUCUAACCCUGACCUCAACCUACAGGGCAGUGAAGGGCCUUAAAAACCUCAUUCACCCAUUCACCUUCAGAUAGACACAUUGUAGCAGGAGGCAGAUGGGAACCUGUCUUAUAAUCAUACCAGGUCAUUAGAAACCCCAGCUUACUUCAUUAAUAUAGCCUAUUGUAGAAGUGGUUGAUCCACAGACAUGCAAGGUUUAGAUGUUAUUGUGGUAAUGGUCUAUCUAUCCUGUUCUCUGUGGUUCCCUGCUCAGAUAUUGGAUGGCAUUUCCUUCAUAUUAUCCUCUUGUGGUCAGGGAAAUGCUGCUCAACAACAUUGACAAGACAAAGGAGGCCUACGUAAAGAGAGAUAUUGGCCUAGUAGUUUGUCACAAAAACAGUUUUCAGAGAACUGCGGGACAAGCUUUCCCUGUUGAACAAUCGGGUACCCGUUUUCUGGUCCAUUCAAUACAGCACAACCUGAAUACUUUUCUGCUGCAAAAUCAAGUCCACCAUUCUCUUUUACAUACUUGCUGAAAUAUGUAUAAAACAUACAGUAUGGUUUAAUCCCUGACAUCGAAGGCUUAGAGACUUGUAUAAAUCAUAAAAAAUAAAUAAAAUGGUGCUAAUGGACCUCAUGUUGGGGCGGUCGCGGGUUUCGUGACUGGUCAUGCGGACUCAUCGAUCAUAUCCGACUUAUUAUCCUUGAUAUAUGCAGAUCUGUUCAACAGGUGUUUUUUCCUAUCAGUGUAAGUCAACACCCUGCAGGUUUGAAAGGACAAGAAGUCACUACUAAUCCCCCUCCCCCCAACUCCCUGCCUCAUGGCCUGGGGGUUAAAGGUAUAGUCUGUCGUUCAGUAGAUCGUGGCAUCAGAAGGGGACAUUCUCUCCUGGGCUGGGACAGUAAAGAGUUGGAGUAAAAGGGGUGUAUCGCCCCUCCUCUCCAGCCUUCCAUCGUAGGCCCCUUUCCCUGUCCAGCCCACGAUUGGAUGAUCCUCUUAGAAGCACACCCAUAACACUUCAUGUUUUACUCCUCUGUUAAAUGGUGAGUUUUUAUAGCUGUCCUGUAUCAUUUACUCAUCCAUGGAGUUGAUUAUCAGCUUAAAGGUCAUCUGACAGAAGGCUCUCACUCAACUCUGGCUCUUACAAACUCCCUCAAAGGAAGUCGUGCUUCUCAUGUAAUAUUGUCAUUCAUGUAACCCUCUAACAGUGGUUUCUUUAAGCUGGACAUGACGGUGGGUUUAGUGAGCCAGAUGAGUGAUUGCUGAUGUCAUCAGGAUGCUCACAUAAUUGUUGUAUGACAUUUGACUUGGACAAUUCGUUGCCAUUCAUGAAUCACUCUUCCGUAUGACCGUAAGUAUAUCAUGUAACGUCAUUUUAACAUGGAAAUGACUGAACGUAAAGGUUCAUGAAUAUCAAUAAAUCUCAGUCAAAUGUGAUGUGAUUUUCCUGGUGUCCUUCAAAAGAUUAUUCUGACUGUGCUAAUUUGCAGUUAGUUUAAACGCAUCUCUGCCCAUGGACGAGUGACCAUUGUUCAUACUGACACAACUGGGAUAAUGUGUAAAGACAAUGUCAUUUGGUUCCAUUGCCCGGUUUCGCCCCUGCAUUCCUUGUAUGUGUACCGGUAUGCAUAUAUUUUUGUGGAAUGCUUUAGCUCCUAUUACCUUUGUAUGUUCAACCGAACCAAAGAUGCCUCUGGCCCAUAGAUGUACAGAGAUCAUAACAUGGAAGUAACCUGUUUUUGCAUGGACACUUAGGGCUUCCUCCAUUUUAAAAUGGUCAACUGGGUGGGGAUUCCUAUGGGUUGGGAGUGAUCGACCAAUGAGCAGAGCAUUGUUUUCUUCUUCAAAUGAGUUUGUCUAGUUUGUAAUUGGCUUUAAACUAUAUGACUGCCAUCUAGCGGCCACAAUAAAUUGAACACAAUUUGGUUCAAGACUCCAUCACUGCAGGUGGUAGUAAGUCACCAAUGUUAGCUUUACACUUUUUCAAACAUCAAAAGAAGAAAAAAAUUGACUAUUUUAAAAUGGAGAAAGCCUCAAUGGCACUGCGCGUGCUGUCACAGACGCCAUAAUGGCACAGAUACAACGUAGCGAUCUCUAUACAUCUCUAUGUUCUGGCCAAGUCCAAAUGCUGCUCUUCAGGCCUGGCUUCCUGUCCUUCCAAAAAAUACCCCUGCAAGAGACAAAAUGUUAUUUUUUUCCGUCUGUUUCAGAUUUUUUUAUCUGUUUUUUGUACGAUUUCUAACUUGUCUUUUGAUUUCUUUAGCAACCUCUUAUUCAAUGAAUUUCAUUGAUUAUGUCUGAAGCCUUACCCGGCAUCAAGGAUAGUGAAAUUACUUGGUUGCACACAGUUUUUUAUUUUGUUGUUGUCGUCACUUGUAUUUUCAUUAUUUUAAUUUUUUCAACAAAAAAACCCCCAUAGCGUGCCUCCUAGAUGUAUGGGUUUCUGUGUUUCUUUCCUAAAGACCAGCAGUUAUACUUUAUAUAAAAGAUGAGUUUGUCCUUAUUUUUUACGCCGUUAAAGAUGAAAAAAGACCUCUUUUCUUUACUCUGGACCCAGUAGCUGCACUGGUAUACAAUCGCACUAAUAGAUAAACAAAAAAAAAUACAAAUAAAUGAAUCAAUAAUAAAUGAAAUAAGAACUACAAUAAACUUGUGUUUGGAACUUUUAUAAGAUUUACUAAAAUAAAAGAAAUGACUGUUUUUGUACAUCAAAAUCUAUUAUUUUCCCAAAAACUAUUUUGGAUCUAGUUUCUAAAUUAUUUUAGUGGUUUUCUAUGUUCUGAAAAUGUGAGACACCGAGUUGUGCGACGUGUCGCUGUGCAGAGUAACUGUCUCUGCUGUGGUGGCAUGACAGGGCGCGGGGUUGCCUGGUGUAACCCCUCACACCCACCUUUUAUUUCUUCUACUUUUCAUUUUUGGUUCUGUCUCUUUCUCUGCUUUAGUAACUUAAACGUUGAUGGAAUAAUAUGAACUGGGGGGAAAAAAGACUCCUUUAGAGCUAGUCUCCUUCCUCUCCCAUUGAAUUGCUGUUAGUGUGAUGAGACUUGAAAUGGGCAUUUAUGAUAGUAUGGCUCCAAAAAAAAUACAGAAAAUGAAAAUUAUUACAAAAAAAUGUGUGGGGAGGGAGAAAAUCUUAUAUAUAGAUGGGUUAUCAGUGGGUAUGUGAGCAAUGGCUGUGGAUAUGAUCAUGUAGUUUUAAACAUUGUUAUUACCUUUUAAAUUCAUUUAGCCAAUAAAAAUGAAUAAAACCAA